UUCCCUCUUUCCUUCACUCUCUCUCUCUCUUUCUUCUUUUUUUUUUGUAUCUGGACAGAAGGUGAAAGCUAUUAAAUGACAGGUCUAGGAGUUGUUGUACUAAGCAGAAUGAGUCAAAACUUGUUGACAACUGUGUUGUAAGCUGAGUUGACAAGGGAGAAUCAGAUCAGCUACAAGAUUCCAAACUGAGAGCACAUGAAACAACCUUGUGGUGUGUCUAUUGGUAGCAAAUGAAAGAGAGAAAGUAAGACAUCCUUCAGCAGAGGGACUGAAUGUUAAAGAAAAUACAUAAAUAGAAAUCACAGCCCUAAGAAUAUGGAACCAAAGAAGAGACCUGGGGCUUGCCAAGAGUAAUUUAUUUCUCGUUGAUUAUAGAAUCACCCAAAUAAAAACUAAAUUUAGGACAGUAGAAUUGGGGUGGGUUGGGGCUGAAGACAAAGCCUUCAGGGACCUUCAGAUUUAAGGAAAGGACACAAUGAGAAAGAGAAAGACAACACAGAAUCAUUUGGAACACUGAUUAGCCCUGGGCAUUUCUUCUCCCUCUUCCAGGCCUCAGCUCUCAUUCAGCAGAACCUUUCUGCUCGCCCUUUCCACUGUCAGUUCAGCAAAUUCUAGAAAAAAAGAGAGUUGCUAAGCAAACAAACACGAUUUGCCUUGCUUCUUCUAACUUAUUCUUGCUAAGGGCAGUUGCAGAAAACUACUCCCAUCAAAUUAGUCACUUGAAUUGCCUUAAAUAUCAGUAGCACUGAUUGAGUUCAUUUGCUAGAGAGGAAAAUGCAUUUUAAGGAGCAGGGUAUAUGAGAAAGGGGCCAAUUCUUUCCACAGUUCAAGACGUUCAGGUCUUUAAGACAUUAAAAUUGCCCUCUGAAGGAAACUAAUAAACUAUUCAGUGCAUUUGAUGAACUUUCAGCUGGAAGAAGCUCCCAAUUUCAUCCUUUUCUUAAAAUAAAAUUGAAAAAUAAAUAAUAAUAAAAGUUUUAAUUAGGAAAAACAAGUAACGUAUUUGUGCAUAAAGAAAACACUACCAGAUGAAACUUUUCCAUUGUGGAGAAUAUAAUAUGAUCGAGGCCAAUUUUUAGCUGGCUUCUAUAGUAACAUUUGAGCUUUAGGCUAAUUUUUUUUUCUUACAAAAACUGGAGACAGUAAUUUAAACAAAUAUGUAUAGCUUUCAUUAGCUGAAUAUGUUACAGUGAUCUUACAAAUAUUAAAUUUUUAUUGGAAGAAAGAAAGAUUUCUAGAUAGGCAAAACUGUUGCAUUUUUUCCCCACCAUCCUCUGUCCAGAAGGGUAGAGCACAGUCAGUUUUCAGAUGCGUAUUAUGCUGACAUCAUGCCAACCUUUUAUCUUUACAGAGAGGCCAGUGAGACUUGAACUCUGAGCAUAAUUUGUAACAAGCAGGACUGAUGUGCGCAGAGAAGGAAUGAAGUAUGGAUGUGAAAGAACGUAGGCCUUACUGCUCCCUGACCAAGAGCAGACGAGAGAAAGAACGGCGCUAUACAAAUUCUUCAGCAGACAAUGACGAGUGUAGGGUCCCUACGCAGAAGUCUUAUAGUUCCAGUGAAACCCUGAAAGCUUUUGAUCACGAUUCCUCGAGGCUGCUCUAUGGAAACAGAGUAAAGGAUUUGGUUCACAGAGAAGCAGACGAGUAUACUAGACAAGGACAGAAUUUUACCCUAAGGCAGUUAGGAGUUUGUGAACCAGCAACUCGAAGAGGACUGGCCUUUUGUGCGGAAAUGGGGCUCCCUCACAGAGGUUACUCUAUCAGUGCAGGGUCAGAUGCUGAUACUGAAAAUGAAGCAGUGAUGUCCCCAGAGCAUGCCAUGAGACUUUGGGGCAGGGGGGUCAAAUCAGGCCGCAGCUCCUGCCUGUCAAGUCGGUCCAACUCAGCCCUCACCCUGACCGACACCGAGCACGAGAACAAGUCCGACAGUGACACUGAGCAACCUGCGAACACCCAAGGCCAGUCUACCCUGCAGCCUCUACCACCUUCCCACAAGCAGCACUCUGCACAACAUCAUCCAUCCAUCACUUCUCUCAAUAGGAACUCCCUGACCAAUAGAAGGAACCAGAGUCCGGCCCCGCCGGCUGCUUUGCCCGCCGAGCUGCAAACCACACCCGAGUCCGUCCAGCUGCAGGACAGCUGGGUCCUUGGCAGUAAUGUACCACUGGAAAGCAGGCAUUUCCUAUUCAAAACAGGGACAGGGACAACGCCACUGUUCAGCACCGCAACCCCAGGAUACACAAUGGCAUCUGGCUCUGUUUAUUCACCGCCUACUCGGCCAUUACCUAGAAACACACUAUCAAGAAGUGCUUUCAAGUUCAAGAAGUCUUCAAAGUACUGUAGCUGGAAAUGCACUGCGCUCUGUGCUGUAGGAGUCUCCGUGCUCCUAGCAAUCCUUCUCUCCUAUUUUAUAGCAAUGCAUCUAUUUGGCCUCAACUGGCAGUUACAGCAGACUGAAAAUGACACAUUUGAGAAUGGAAAAGUGAAUUCUGACACCAUGCCAACAAACACUGUAUCAUUACCUUCUGGCGACAAUGGAAAAUUAGGUGGGUUUACACAAGAAAAUAACACCAUAGACUCCGGAGAACUUGAUAUUGGCCGAAGAGCAGUUCAAGAGGUGCCUCCUGGGAUCUUCUGGAGAUCGCAGCUCUUUAUUGACCAGCCACAGUUUCUUAAGUUCAAUAUUUCUCUUCAGAAGGAUGCAUUGAUUGGCGUCUAUGGCCGAAAAGGCUUACCACCUUCCCAUACUCAGUAUGAUUUUGUGGAGCUCCUGGACGGCAGCAGGUUGAUUGCCAGAGAGCAGAGGAAUCUGGUGGAGUCUGAAAGAGCCGGUCGCCAGGCGAGAUCUGUCAGUCUUCACGAGGCAGGCUUUAUCCAGUAUUUAGAUUCUGGGAUCUGGCAUCUAGCUUUUUAUAACGAUGGGAAAAAUCCAGAACAGGUGUCUUUUAAUACCAUUGUAAUAGAGUCAGUGGUGGAAUGCCCCCGGAAUUGCCAUGGAAAUGGGGAGUGUGUUUCUGGAACUUGCCAUUGUUUUCCAGGAUUUCUGGGUCCAGAUUGUUCAAGAGCAGCCUGUCCUGUGUUAUGUAGUGGCAACGGGCAGUAUUCCAAGGGCCGCUGCCUGUGUUUCAGUGGCUGGAAGGGCACGGAGUGUGAUGUGCCGACGACCCAGUGCAUUGACCCACAGUGCGGGGGUCGUGGGAUUUGUAUCAUGGGCUCUUGUGCUUGCAACUCAGGAUACAAAGGAGAAAAUUGUGAAGAAGCUGACUGUCUAGACCCUGGAUGUUCGAAUCAUGGAGUUUGUAUACAUGGGGAAUGUCACUGUAACCCAGGAUGGGGCGGUAGCAACUGUGAAAUCCUGAAGACCAUGUGUCCUGACCAGUGCUCUGGUCACGGGACAUAUCUUCAGGAAAGUGGCUCCUGUACUUGUGACCCUAACUGGACUGGCCCAGACUGCUCAAACGAAAUCUGUUCUGUGGACUGCGGCUCGCACGGUGUUUGCAUGGGGGGCACUUGUCGCUGUGAGGAGGGCUGGACAGGCCCAGCGUGCAAUCAGAGAGCAUGCCACCCCCGCUGUGCCGAACAUGGGACCUGCAAGGACGGCAAGUGCGAGUGCAGCCAGGGAUGGAACGGGGAGCAUUGCACUAUCGAGGGUUGUCCCGGUCUAUGCAACAGCAAUGGAAGAUGUACACUGGACCAGAAUGGCUGGCAUUGUGUUUGCCAGCCAGGGUGGAGAGGAGCAGGCUGUGAUGUAGCCAUGGAGACUCUCUGCACAGAUAGCAAGGACAAUGAAGGAGAUGGACUCAUUGACUGUAUGGAUCCCGAUUGCUGUUUACAGAGCUCCUGCCAAAACCAGCCCUUCUGCCGUGGAUUGCCUGAUCCUCAGGACAUCAUUAGCCAAAGCUUACAAUCACCAUCUCAGCAAGCUGCCAAAUCCUUCUAUGAUCGAAUCAGUUUUCUGAUUGGCUCUGAUAGCACUCAUGUGAUACCUGGAGAAAGUCCUUUCAAUAAAAGCCUUGCAUCUGUCAUCAGAGGCCAAGUACUAACUGCAGAUGGAACGCCACUUAUUGGAGUAAAUGUCUCAUUUUUCCAUUACCCAGAAUAUGGAUAUACUAUUACUCGCCAGGAUGGAAUGUUUGACUUGGUGGCAAAUGGUGGAGCUUCUCUAACGUUGGUAUUUGAACGAUCCCCAUUCCUCACUCAGUAUCAUACUGUGUGGAUUCCCUGGAAUGUCUUUUAUGUGAUGGACACACUAGUCAUGAAGAAAGAAGAGAAUGACAUUCCCAGCUGUGACCUCAGUGGGUUUGUGAGACCCAAUCCUAUCAUUGUGUCAUCACCUUUAUCUACCUUCUUUAGAUCUUCUCCUGAAGACAGCCCCAUCAUUCCUGAAACGCAGGUCCUCCAUGAAGAAACCACAAUUCCAGGAACAGAUCUGAAACUUUCCUACCUGAGUUCCAGAGCUGCAGGAUAUAAGUCAGUGCUCAAGAUCACCAUGACGCAGUCCGUUAUACCAUUUAACCUAAUGAAGGUGCAUCUGAUGGUGGCUGUUGUUGGGAGACUCUUCCAAAAGUGGUUUCCUGCCUCACCAAACUUGGCCUAUACUUUCAUAUGGGAUAAAACAGAUGCGUAUAACCAGAAGGUCUAUGGUCUCUCUGAAGCUGUUGUGUCAGUUGGAUAUGAAUAUGAGUCGUGUUUGGACCUGACUCUGUGGGAAAAGAGGACUGCCGUUCUGCAAGGUUAUGAAUUAGAUGCUUCCAACAUGGGUGGCUGGACAUUAGACAAACAUCACGUCCUAGAUGUUCAGAAUGGUAUACUAUAUAAGGGAAAUGGGGAAAAUCAGUUCAUUUCCCAGCAGCCUCCAGUCGUCAGCAGCAUCAUGGGCAAUGGGCGGAGGCGAAGCAUCUCAUGCCCCAGUUGCAAUGGUCAGGCCGAUGGGAAUAAACUACUGGCCCCAGUCGCCCUAGCUUGUGGGAUCGAUGGCAGUCUGUAUGUGGGGGAUUUCAACUAUGUCCGGCGGAUAUUCCCUUCUGGAAAUGUCACAAGUGUUUUAGAACUAAGCAGUAACCCAGCGCAUAGAUAUUAUCUUGCAACUGAUCCAGUCACAGGAGAUCUGUACGUUUCUGACACUAACACCCGCAGAAUUUACCGCCCAAAGUCACUCACCGGAGCAAAAGACUUGACUAAAAAUGCCGAAGUGGUUGCUGGAACAGGAGAACAGUGCCUUCCAUUUGAUGAAGCCAGGUGUGGGGAUGGAGGGAAGGCUGUAGAAGCUACACUCAUGAGCCCCAAAGGGAUGGCAAUUGAUAAGAAUGGAUUAAUCUACUUUGUGGACGGAACCAUGAUCAGAAAAGUUGAUCCAAAUGGAAUUAUAUCAACUCUCCUGGGCUCUAAUGAUCUGACGUCCGCCAGGCCUCUAACUUGUGACACUAGCAUGCAUAUCAGCCAGGUACGUCUGGAAUGGCCCACUGACCUAGCCAUUAACCCUAUGGAUAACUCCAUUUACGUCCUGGAUAACAAUGUAGUUUUACAGAUCACUGAGAACCGUCAAGUUCGCAUUGCUGCUGGACGACCCAUGCACUGCCAGGUUCCGGGAGUGGAAUAUCCCGUGGGGAAGCAUGCAGUGCAGACCACCCUGGAAUCAGCCACUGCCAUUGCUGUGUCCUACAGCGGGGUCCUGUACAUCACCGAAACAGAUGAAAAGAAAAUCAACCGAAUAAGGCAGGUCACCACCGAUGGAGAAAUCUCCUUGGUGGCUGGAAUUCCUUCAGAGUGUGACUGCAAAAAUGAUGCCAACUGCGACUGUUAUCAGAGUGGAGAUGGCUAUGCCAAAGAUGCCAAACUGAAUGCCCCAUCCUCUCUAGCCGCAUCUCCAGAUGGUACACUGUACAUUGCCGAUCUGGGCAAUAUUCGGAUCCGGGCUGUAUCAAAAAAUAAGCCUUUACUUAACUCGAUGAACUUUUAUGAAGUUGCCUCUCCAGCUGAUCAAGAACUCUAUAUCUUUGACAUCAAUGGUACUCACCAGUACACUGUCAGUUUAGUCACUGGCGACUACCUAUACAACUUUAGCUACAGCAAUGACAACGAUAUCACAGCUGUGACUGACAGCAACGGCAAUACCCUUAGAAUUCGACGGGAUCCAAAUCGGAUGCCCGUGCGCGUGGUGUCGCCAGAUAACCAAGUGAUAUGGUUGACCAUCGGAACCAAUGGGUGUUUGAAAAGCAUGACUGCACAAGGACUAGAGUUGGUCUUGUUUACUUACCAUGGUAACAGUGGCCUUUUAGCCACAAAAAGUGAUGAAACUGGAUGGACAACAUUUUUUGACUAUGACAGUGAAGGUCGUCUGACAAAUGUCACCUUCCCAACUGGGGUAGUCACAAACCUGCACGGGGACAUGGACAAGGCAAUCACAGUGGACAUUGAAUCAUCCAGCAGGGAAGAAGACGUCAGCAUCACUUCAAAUCUGUCCUCCAUUGAUUCUUUCUACACCAUGGUUCAAGAUCAGUUAAGAAACAGCUACCAGAUUGGUUAUGAUGGCUCUCUUAGAAUUAUUUAUGCCAGUGGCCUGGAUUCACAUUACCAAACAGAGCCCCACGUUCUGGCUGGCACAGCAAAUCCCACAGUGGCCAAAAGAAACAUGACUCUUCCUGGUGAGAAUGGUCAGAAUUUGGUGGAAUGGAGAUUCCGAAAAGAGCAAGCCCAAGGGAAAGUCAAUGUCUUUGGCCGAAAACUUAGGGUUAAUGGCAGAAAUCUCCUUUCGGUUGACUUUGAUCGCACAACCAAGACAGAGAAGAUCUAUGAUGACCACCGUAAAUUUCUCCUGAGGAUCGCCUACGACACAUCGGGGCACCCGACGCUCUGGCUGCCAAGCAGCAAGCUGAUGGCUGUCAACCUCACCUAUUCAUCCACAGGUCAAAUUGCCAGCAUCCAGAGGGGAACGACGAGUGAAAAAGUCGAUUAUGAUGGGCAGGGGAGGAUUGUGUCUCGAGUCUUUGCUGAUGGUAAAACAUGGAGCUACACUUACUUAGAAAAGUCCAUGGUUCUUCUGCUUCAUAGCCAGCGGCAGUACAUCUUUGAAUACGAUAUGUGGGACCGCCUGUCUGCCAUCACCAUGCCCAGUGUGGCUCGCCAUACCAUGCAGACCAUCCGGUCCAUUGGCUACUACCGCAACAUAUACAACCCCCCAGAAAGCAAUGCCUCCAUCAUCACAGACUACAACGAGGAAGGGCUGCUUCUGCAAACGGCUUUCCUGGGGACCAGCCGGAGGGUCUUAUUCAAGUACAGAAGGCAGACCAGGCUCUCAGAAAUUUUAUAUGAUAGCACAAGAGUCAGUUUUACCUAUGAUGAAACAGCAGGAGUUCUGAAAACAGUGAACCUCCAGAGUGAUGGUUUUAUUUGCACCAUUAGAUACAGGCAAAUUGGCCCCCUGAUUGACAGACAGAUUUUCCGCUUUAGUGAAGAUGGGAUGGUAAAUGCCAGAUUUGACUAUAGCUAUGACAACAGCUUUCGAGUGACCAGCAUGCAGGGUGUCAUCAAUGAAACCCCACUGCCCAUUGAUCUCUAUCAGUUCGAUGACAUCUCUGGCAAAGUUGAGCAGUUUGGAAAAUUUGGUGUCAUAUAUUACGAUAUUAACCAGAUCAUUUCCACAGCUGUAAUGACUUACACAAAGCACUUUGACGCUCAUGGCCGCAUCAAAGAAAUUCAGUAUGAAAUAUUCAGGUCCCUCAUGUACUGGAUUACAAUUCAAUAUGAUAAUAUGGGUCGGGUAACCAAGAGAGAGAUUAAAAUAGGGCCCUUUGCCAACACCACCAAAUAUGCUUAUGAAUAUGACGUUGACGGACAGCUCCAGACAGUUUACCUAAAUGAAAAGAUCAUGUGGCGUUACAACUAUGACCUGAAUGGAAACCUCCAUUUAUUGAAUCCCAGCAACAGUGCACGGUUGACGCCUCUUCGCUAUGACCUGCGAGACAGAAUCACUCGCCUGGGUGAUGUUCAAUAUCGGUUGGAUGAAGAUGGCUUCCUACGUCAAAGAGGCACCGAGAUCUUUGAAUACAGCUCCAAAGGGCUUCUGACUCGAGUCUACAGUAAAGGCAGCGGCUGGACAGUGAUCUAUCGCUAUGAUGGCCUGGGAAGGCGUGUCUCUACCAAAACCAGUCUAGGGCAGCACCUGCAGUUUUUUUAUGCUGACCUAACUUAUCCUACAAGGAUCACUCACGUCUACAACCAUUCUAGUUCAGAAAUCACCUCCCUUUAUUACGAUCUUCAAGGACAUCUUUUUGCCAUGGAAAUCAGCAGUGGGGAUGAAUUCUACAUUGCCUCUGAUAACACGGGGACACCGUUAGCUGUUUUCAGUAGCAAUGGACUCAUGCUAAAACAGAUUCAGUACACUGCAUAUGGAGAAAUCUAUUUUGACUCCAAUAUUGACUUUCAACUGGUCAUUGGAUUUCAUGGUGGCUUAUAUGACCCACUGACCAAAUUAAUCCACUUUGGAGAACGAGACUAUGACAUUUUGGCAGGACGAUGGACAACACCUGACAUAGAAAUCUGGAAAAGAAUUGGGAAGGACCCAGCUCCUUUUAACCUGUAUAUGUUCCGGAAUAACAACCCUGCAAGCAAAAUCCAUGAUGUGAAAGACUACAUCACAGAUGUUAACAGCUGGCUGGUGACAUUUGGCUUCCAUCUGCACAAUGCUAUUCCUGGAUUCCCUGUUCCCAAAUUUGAUCUCACAGAACCUUCUUACGAACUUGUGAAGAGUCAGCAGUGGGACGAUGUGCCGCCCAUUUUCGGGGUUCAGCAGCAAGUGGCCCGGCAAGCCAAGGCCUUCCUGUCGCUGGGGAAGAUGGCAGAGGUGCAGGUGAGCAGGCGCAGGGGCAGCGGCGCGCAGUCGUGGCUGUGGUUCGCCACGGUCAAGUCGCUCAUCGGCAAGGGCGUCAUGCUGGCCGUGAGCCAGGGCCGCGUGCAAACCAACGUGCUCAACAUCGCCAACGAGGACUGCAUCAAGGUGGCGGCGGUGCUCAACAACGCCUUCUACCUGGAGAACCUGCACUUCACCAUCGAGGGCAAGGACACGCACUACUUCAUCAAGACCACCACGCCCGAGAGCGACCUGGGCACCCUGCGGCUGACCAGCGGCCGCAAGGCGCUGGAGAACGGCAUCAACGUGACCGUGUCGCAGUCCACCACGGUGGUCAACGGCAGGACUCGCAGGUUCGCCGACGUGGAGAUGCAGUUCGGGGCGCUGGCGCUGCACGUGCGCUACGGCAUGACCCUGGACGAGGAGAAGGCGCGCAUCCUGGAGCAGGCGCGGCAGCGCGCGCUCUCGCGGGCCUGGGCGCGCGAGCAGCAGCGCGUGCGCGACGGCGAGGAGGGCGCGCGCCUGUGGACGGAGGGCGAGAAGCGGCAGCUGCUGAGCGCCGGCAAGGUGCAGGGCUACGACGGGUACUACGUACUCUCCGUGGAGCAGUACCCCGAGCUGGCCGACAGCGCCAACAACAUCCAGUUCCUCCGGCAGAGCGAGAUCGGCAAGAGGUAACCCCUGCGGCCCGCCCCGGGCUGCGGGCUGCCGAGGGGACCCGCGCCGCCCGCCCGCCCGCCCGCCGACGAGACCAAACUGGUUCUGCUGCAAUUUCUCCUGAGCCUAAACCACGCCCCCUUCGCUCAGAUGUUUUUGGGGUUUCUUUUGUUGUUGUUGUUUUUGUUUUGUUUUGUUUUGUUUUCUGUAGCACAAAUCCGAAUCGGACUCUCCGACACAGAAGAGCCUACCAGGAGACUGAUACUGCUAUUAAAUAUAUAUAUAUAUAUGUAUCCAUACACACACACACAUACACACACACACACACACACACACACACACACGACAAAGACAACUUUUUUUCUGAAUGACCUUAAAGGUGAUCGGCUUUAAAGAAUAUGUUUACAUAGGCUUCUCGCUGCAUUCAAGUUGGACUGAAAGUAUUCAAAGAAAAAAAAUAAUAAUACAAUAAAGGAUGAAAAAAAAAAGGCCUCCACAUUUUGCUCUGGAACAUGUGUUCCUUUGAGGCAUUGUAAUUAACAAAGGUUCAAACAAUUGCAUAGAGUGUUUCCAAAUAGUACCGAAUUGUCGACCUUUGCUUACAGGAAGUAGUCUUUCUGCAUAGGGUGUGAUAUAUAGAUAUAUAGAUAUAUAUCUGUUCAUUUUAAAUGUGGGGCAAAGUUACUGUUUAUAAACAAACAACCCAACUGCUUUCCCUGUGCUGCUUUGUAAAAAGGACAAUGGCACAACUGACUUCUGCUUCAGUGGGGAUUUAAUAAUGGAUUUUACAAUACUAAUGUGGUUUGCCUUGGGGGAAACACACACACACACACACACACAAAACUGGCAAAUAGAAUCCUUGUCACUGAUAAGCAAAGGAAACCCUGAUUUUUUUGUAAAUUAUGUGAGACAAGUUGUUUAUGGAUUUUUAUAUGAAUUACAAUUUACUGUACAUCAAAUAUUAGUCUCAGAGGAGUUAAUUUAUGUAAAGUGUUUAAAAAGUUUAUACUUAAAAAUAAAACGAUAAAAACAUGUGAACUGUGUGCUUUUUUUAAAAAAAAGGGAUUGCACCUUUUGUUAUCUGUUAUAGCUGUACAGUAUAACUUAUUAUAUUGUAGAGAUAUAACAACUUAUGCCUAUAAUGUCCAGAAGUGUUAAUAUUUUUGUAUUAGGUUGAAAAAAAAAAAACAUGCGACUUUCUAUCACUAGACGAUAUGACAGUGAAAUCCUAAAUAGGUAGUGAGACAACUCUCCUUUCUCGUCCUUCUUUUCCAUCAAGCCAGUGCCCUCCACCAUUAUCAACUAAGAGGCACCGUAGAUUACCUAA